AUGUCUUCGCAAGUGUCUGAAGAACAGGAUGCUACGUCGGAGAAGCCACUUGAAGAACAGUCUUUCUUUGAGAAUAUCCUGACGCCCGGGUCUUCGCUGCACCCCACGUUUCUCUUCAUCGUAGACUUUGCUCUAGCCUUCCUUGCGAUGGUCUUCAUCUCACUGGCCGUUCUCACAUCCGGAAAUGUGCACUUCUAUAUUCUACUCGGGAUCACGCUGGCUCUGUGGGGAAGCAUCAAGUGGUUCGUGUACGAAUUACAGAAUGCGCCACCGGUGGAGCCCAGUAUACAAGACGAGAAGAAAGACCAAUAA